AUGGGCAAGUCCACCACCACCACCACCGCUAACGCUCUCUCCGAGCAGGAGUUCACCAAGCUGCAGGCGCAGCUGCACCAAAGUGCCCAAGAUACGUGGAGCUACCUCGAAGCCCUCAAGGCCAACCUAGGCGAGUACGACCACAAGCACCAUCUGCACCUUUCAAGCUCGGCGACGUCGUUCUUCAACGAUGGCCUCGACCACGCCAAGGAGGCAGUGAAGCAGCUCAGACACGUGGCUGACCACAUUCGCAAGGAGGCUGGCGAGGCCGAUGUCGUCGCCGCUCGCAAUGCGAUGGAGCAGGCUUUCAACGCCCUGGCUGACCUGCAGAAGGUCGCCAACGCGUUCGACACCGAGCACCCGACGCCCAGCAGCAGUAAGCAGAGCGAGAAGAAGCCCACCAUGUCCGAGACGGUAGGGUGGCUCGUGAGCACCACUCGUGACACCACGUUCAGUGGUUUCGCGCCACUGCAGCGCCAGAUCAUCGAGGUCCAGACCGCUAUCGGUGGGGCCGAGAAGCCGUCGAUCAAGGCGCGCGCGAAGGAGGCUGUGCACCACGUGGCCAACAAGAUCGACAGCAAGCUGGACAAGAUCAAGGGCGAGCUGAGGUCAAGUCCGAAGGCCAAAGACGAGCAGCAGGCCGAGGCUUCUGCGCACAGUGCGUAA